CGUUUUCCAGAUGAUGCUGCCAAACAACGCCAUUUUCAAGAACGCAGCUAUGACUAGUGGUCACUAGAGAAUACUGCACGGCGUCAGGUUCAGGACAUAGGCUGAAGCCACUGGUUGUAUAAUUAUCGAAAUGCGACUUCUCUCCAACCGGGCGGCGGUGCUGCAACUCGCCACCGCAUCUUCCGUUCUCUUCCUUCCCCAACUACCCUCUGUAGUUCUGGCGGAGCUGAAAAUCAAAGAAGCCACCCGCACUAUCAAGCUUGGAACGAAUAUCGCGACGGUAACAGUGGACUUGAAAAUAGAGGCGGAUGGAAGUACAGCAUCCAGCACCGAAAAGAACUUCUUUCCCGUGUACUGGAAAAAAUCUUCGUUACUCGGCAAAGUCGGCCACGUGGCAGCAUCGUUUAGGAACGACGGUGGGAGCAAGAAGGACAAUAAAAACUUGGAUGUGACCAUUGUCGACGAUGCGGAAGAGGGGAACGGGUAUAAAAGAAGUGCUGGAGUGUGUACGAGCAUAGUUCAUUUACACAGAGCUGGUUCAUCUUGUGUUGAGUUUGUGAUGCGCUUACAUGCAUGCAGUUUGAGUUUAUUCAAAAAACGAAACUUACUAUCAACUCAGCUCCGCCAUCAUCCAGCUGACCCCAGACGAGCUCUUAUGGUGAGCAAAAACGUCCCCAUCCCAGAGUCAAGAUGGAAAAUGUGCUACACAAAUCAACCAGCUUUGGCCGUUGCGCAUGACAAAUUUGGACUCGCAGUGUAGUGGUGUUUAGCUAGUGAAGCAGCAUCACAGAUCUAGCAUAGCACGCGGAUGUGCGCAUCACAAAUCGCAAACGACUGUAGAAACUGCUUCUCAUGGGUCUCCGCAUGAAAAACAUUUGCAGCAUGCAGAUUUGCAUUACAGCUCUGGGGUGGGGACGUUUUUACAAAUGAUAGCUUUUAUCCCAGAAGAAAUUCCAGCUCACCUACGUCCUCUCCGUCGGCAAGCCGUAUGAACCAUUGCCAAAAGAACUCACCAAUCUGUUCCAAGAACAGUGGCUCGUGUACGAAGAUUCGCUUUUAAUCCCAGCAGCACAGACGAUCGAAUCCGAAACCACAAUCUUGGAAUUCCCGCCCGACCUAUUACCUGGCUCCGCGGUCCGUGGGGUCAACGCGGCGGGGAGUGUGGUGCAGAUCGAGAAUUAUCUCCCGAAUAAUGAAAAUCUCGUGAAAGUGGACAAGUCGCCGGGGGUUAAGAAAAUCACGUUUGGGCCUUUCAAGAUGGGGGAAUUAGGAGACAUCGGGGAGGAUAAAAUUUUCGUACACUUCUCGCACCAAGCACACCAGGCGUACUUUAAGAAUGUGAGGAGGGAGAUUGAAGUGUCACAUUGGGGUAAGUUUUUACGUAAAAAGACUUUGUCUUUGUCAUGCAUUGAAGUGCAUUUACAAAUGUUUUUCUCAUGCUAAUGCUGCGCCGUGAAGAUGAAAUGCAAAUGCCACUGAUGAAUCAUCUUCUAAAAGGUAACGUUGCCUUCAAGGAGGAUUACAAGCUGAAGCAGUAUGCAUUGCAAAUAUGUCUGGGUCUGGAACAAGGUUGCAACUUGUGAUGCUGUUUUUGGAUUCCCAGAAAAUCUGUAUUGCAUGACCAGCAAGAGGAGUCCAGUUUGUGCUACAACGCUGGAAGGGCGUUUAUCAUGCCGAAUAGGCUGCAUUAGGAAGCCCUCUAAAAACCUGUGAUGCUAGGGCAUGCAUUACAGACACUGUGGGCCAUGCACAAUAUCCAUGACCAGCCUGGCCCUGGCAAUCUGAAUCUUCCAGACCCAGACAUAUUUGCAAUGCAUAAACACGGCGGUGCUGCAAUGAACGGUGCUUUCAACCGGAUUACCUUCACGUGGCAAGAUAUCGCAAGAAAAAAUAAACAGCUUCACUGUAAGGAUUUUGCAGGUUUUGCAUCACAAGUUUGUUCUACAUGACAAGGAAAAUUUGCCAUGCAAGGUUCCUAAGGUAAAACACAGCUAAAGAUCCACUGUCUUGCAUGUGUAGCAAGACAAACUCUUGUGAAAUGCAUUUUCUGCAUUACAAGUUUACAGUGAAACAGUUUUUCCUGGCGAUACAAGACUACCGCAGUCGGGGGAUGCAAAUGCCGCCGAAUCCUGUGCUCACGCAGAUGGAGGAACUCUCUGUGGUGUUGCCGAAAACGGCCAGGAAUCUGCACUAUCGGGAUGAGAUCGGUAUAAUGGUGGAGUGUUUGUAGCACGAGUAGUUGUAUCUAGCACGGGCGGUCGCUCCGCGACCGCCGGAGAGGUAUGGAGUAGACAAGAAAACGAGGGGCCCGAUUUCAUACUAGGAAGGAUGCAGGCGCGGGGAAGGGGAGGGGAUUCUCCUGGGGGCGAAAACUCUACAGGCGCAGGGCUUUUCCGUCCGCCUGAGCCCCCCGGAGAAAGACAGUAGGCGUGACAGCGGCCCGCCCCAGCCCCCAGGAGCAGGAGAAGUUCUGGGAAACAGAAACCCAGUGCCACCCCAAGCUGAGAGGGGGCCAGCCUUCGGGGAUGUUCCCAAUGAAUUUGCGAACGCCUCCGAAAGCUGCGAGCCUUGCGUGCGGCUGCUCGUCAUUCUAGUUACGCCUCCAAGACGGCAGGGCUGCUUUUGACGGGGCCCAUAGGGGCGCAGCUGUGGAAACUGCUCGACAAAGAACCUGGCCAGCCAGGCAGGUGCAACCAGCACAAUGGGACUGGGCGCGCUGUGUGGAGUAACCAUUUAGGGCACUGAGAAAAGGCGCUUUUUUCUUCGUGCAGGGCGGCGGGAGCAUCCACACCAAGAGGGGGCCGCCCCCCGCGAGGCAAAACGUGGCCACCCAAACAAAGCGCAAACCCCCUACCGGCACCGUGGCGGGGCCGGAGCUAGUUGGUUCGCCUGAACCUGCGGGCGCACCAGCGCGUAGCGCGCCACCCUCAGUAAGUCCUUUCCCUCCCACGGCCAGGAAUCUGCACUACCGGGAUGAGAUCGGUUUAUUUUUACAUUGCAAUUUAUAUUUUUGAUGUUUUAUGUGUCUAGUACAAGUCGUAGAGCACCAGGAGACGCUGCAUGAGAUGAAACGCCGUUACUUAGUAAAUUUCUACUCAUGCAUACUCAAGAUACAUAUGUAUUUAGCGAGGGCAGCACUAGUGGUAGUGGUACAACACGCGUAGAAGAUGAAAUAAAAUUCUAUCCAAGGUAACAUCUCCUCCUCGAACGCCAGAAGAGACGAAAAGGGAUACGUGCUGGCGCAACUGCGGCCUCGGUACCCGCUACUAGGAGGUUGGAAUGCCGACUGGAGCUUUUCCUACGACGUGCCAACACGGACGGCGUUGAAGGUACUGACUCGUACUUUGUCAUGCAGUACUGCCAAGAACCACAAUUGGAAUUGGUGUUGUCAUGCAUCAACAACAAGCGCAUGUAGUACGAAAAGAGACCGGGUUUAAAUGAAAUGUGAAGAGAACCACAAACAUGAUCAUGAUCAAAACUCAGGUCGACCCGCAAGAUCCGACGCUCCACGUGCUAAACGUCACUCUUUCCCCGCCGAUUAUCCGUACGUUUUCCGAGAAACUCACCGUGGAGAUUUUGCUCCCAGAGGGCUCGCAUGACAUCAAACUCCAGCUCCCGAAGUUGGUUUCACCAGAACACGGCCACAUCAUGAAAUCGUGGAACGCGACAAAGAAUUCCUGGCUGGACUUUUCCGGGGGACGGUUAGUGGUUGGAUUUGAAUUGGAUGACUUCUUCGUGCCGGAGAAGAAUAUCCUGCAAUACAAAUUCCAGGUAGAAGAUUUUUUACCACGACGGGGAAAUUCGCAUUUUUUGUCAUGCGUAAUGUCGUACCUGCCCGUAUGAUGCAAUCACGCAGUAUAAACAACAUCGAAGUCAAACCCGAAUACAAUCAGGUUCUCUACCGCUUCAACACUUCCGCCAUGUUCUACGAGCCGAUUCUUCUUUCCCUCCUUCUCUUCCUCACCUUCCUAGCCUACAUCUUCUCCGGGCAUUUAUUGGAAUUGCGGAUUUUGAGAAAACACGAGUCGAAAUUUCUCGACCAGCUUGAAUUUCAGGUCUCUUUGAUCCACAAGGCCAUGACCGUUUUCGACAAUUUAGUCUCCGAAUACGACACCACUCUAAAACGCGCCGACGUGAACGCACAAAUCCCGCUCCCGCAGAAGUGGGAACCGUUUUUGGAGAAGCAGAAUUUGCGACACGCGGGGUUUGUGGAGGAUUUGGUGAUAUGAACUGCAAAAGUAUAGUACUCUAGAAAUGCAUUACAAAUUUCCUUAGCAUGAGAGAUAAAAUCUGUAAUGCGGAUUUACCUUACGAAAAAGAUUUGCAAUGCGUGAUUUUGCAAUACGAGGACGAUACUUUUGCACAGAAUAGGCGAAAAUUCUAGACCAGGCGAUCGAAUCCACCGUGUCAGCUGCUGGAACCAGCACGGGGGCUUGUGGUACGAGUAGUACUUCAGGAGAAGUUGUACAGGGGGCAGAAGCAGCAGGUACUACAACGGAAAUGCAAGACAAAGUGUCGAAAGAGACUACCACGGCGAAAACCGCGUCUUCUCAAAGUAAAUCCCGGCUAGAAAAGGUGAAACUGGUUUUAAAUCAGUACACCGAGCACCAAACAAAGCACAUCGACGCAAGGAGCUCACUAUCAACUGCAAACAUGUCGGGGUCUGGAAGGGUUUGCAAGUUUGUCAUGCAUCUUUUGGAUCUCACAGAUGCUCUGGAAUGCGCGCAAGAGCAUGAGAAGCUCGGAUUUGUUCAGGUCUCCUGAUGCCGACUCUGCAUGAGAAGCUUGCUAUUUGCAGUUCAAAAAGUGAACAGCUUCUGGAGGCUUUCAUGCAACACAGAUUCUUGCGUAAUCCAGAGUUUGCAUGACAAGUUUGGAUUCUUCCAGACCCAGACAUAUUUGCAAUGCAUACUCGCCAACGACAAGCAUUCCGAGUAGGCAGGGUGCCAAGCAGAAAGCCGCGGAGUUAGAGACGCUGUUGGGGCUGCAACUGAAGUAUGCAUUGCAAAUAUGUCUGGGUCUGGAAAUAGAUGCAGGGUUUGUCAUGCUCUGCUAGCAUGAUUCUCAAGUUUGUCUUGCGCGUUACCAAACAGCGCCGUUCUUUUCUCAGGCAGAAGCCCGGUUUGUCAUGCAGAAUAGACAACGCUGAAGCAUCUGCAAAACUUGUCAUGCUUGGCAGCCAAUUGAGGUGUGCUGGUCUUUCUCCCACCAGCAUCACAAGUUUCCAGAUCCAGACAUAUUUGCAACGCAUAUGAAGAUGCUGGCGGAGACGCCAGAGGAGGAAAAAGAUACGCUCUGGACGUUGCCGGUGAUUUGAGAAAGAGAAUUUUCGCGUACAGCCGCAGCUUUGUUUUCAAAGACAAUAAAUUUAUUCACCACGCAGACGUAUUAGGCAACAAGGUGCAACAAAUGAGUUUCUUGCGUCGAAGAACCUGGUGAGAAUACAGAAGUUGUGAAGGACUAAUUAUGUUAUACUAUGUUGGAAAACCAGUGCUAACGCUAAGUGGCAUUUUUGCAAGUGCCGCUGGUCGUGGAGGGUGCGGAAC